UAAUGUAUAUAACUACACUAAUAAGGCCUGCCCAUCUCAUUCCUCGUCAGCUUUCCUGUCCAUCACGUCGUUAGCCUCCAAACCUUCAACAUGUCGGACGAAGUAGUGGGAACAUGGAUAGCAACCGCGCCCGCUGGGGAAUCUAAAGGAUUUGAACAGUUUUGCAAAACGUUGAAAGCUGACGAAAAAAUGAUUGAGCAAUUCCGAAAGGUCACCUUUGGGACAAAGCUCUCAAAAGAAGGCAGUUCGUGGACAGUGUCUGUAUUAGGCGACGAGAAUGUAAUCAAAACAGUAUCCUUCGAGUCAGGGAAGGAAUAUGAAACAGAAGGCAUGGACAAAAAAAUGUACAAGGUUACUUCAAAAAUGGAUGGAUGUAAGUGUGAUGAGACAUCAAUUCCAAUGGAAGGUGAUGGUAAGGGAACACGGACCACGCGAGUUGUAAAUAAUGGAGUCAUGACAGUCACAUCAACGUCGAUUGAGUUCCCUGACUGUUCUAUGACGUACACCAUGAAAAAAAAGUAGAACAGUUCUGAAAGGAAUCAAAUACUAGAUGAGAUACCAGUCAUGAUCAACAAUGAUGAAACUUAAAGUGAAAUCGGGAAACAGCACCAGGUUCCUUAUCCACGUGGACACCAGCAGACUCCUUCUUCACGCGGACUCCACCAGGUUCAUUAUCCACGAGGAUAGGUUGGAGAAGGAAUUAUAUUAGUAUAGUAUACAAUGAUCAUUUUCUUUUUCAAAAUGUCGAUCAACAUCAUCAUCAAGAUUUGGAAAUGAGCUGUUUGAUCAUACAUUUGGUUACCAUGGCGUUGAAGUUACGUUUAAAAUUUUGAUAAUAAACGCAAGUAGUUUGGCCGUUGA